AUGAUCAAACACACCCUUAAAAUGUGGCCUAAAAUUAUUCUAUUUGGUGAUUCACAUACCCAACGAAGUUUUGAUCCAAACAAUGGAUGUUGGGGUGCAUUAUUGGCCAAUAAAUUUCAAAGAGUUUGCGACAUAAUACCACGAGGCUUUUCCGGUUACAAUACCCGAUGGUGUCGAAUAAUAAUGCCAAAAAUAUUUCAACAAUUCAAAGCGGAAGAGAUUGCCUGUGUAACAAUUUUACUUGGAUCUAAUGAUUCGGUACCCGUUUCAAGUGUUACCGGGCAACAUGUACCCGUCGAUGAAUAUCGUACCAAUAUGGUGGCAAUGAUAAAUUUUCUAACAUCAAUCGGUAUUGAUAAAAAUAAAAUCAUACUGAUUGCUCCACCAAAUAUGCAUCAAGAUUCAUUUAAACGUUGGUCAAUCGAACAGAAUCGUCCGAUCAUACCGGAAACAUGGGAAAAAGAUUUGGUCAAAUAUGUUGAUGCUUGUCGAUCGAUUGCAACAGAAAUGAAUUUAUCAUUAUUAGAUCUAUACACGGUAUUCAUGGCCGUCAAGAAUGAUAAUGAUAAAUUAUUCAACGAUGGUUUACAUCUAUCACGUGAUGGUGGCCAAUUACUUUAUGAUAAUCUAUUGCCAUUAAUAAUGGAACGUGUUGUUCGUAUCACCGGUAAACCAUUCACAGAUCAAUCAAUGCAAUAUCCAUAUUGGAGAGAUGUGAACACGGAUGAUCCGGAAAAAUCACUUCAUCCAUAAGAAUCAGGAAACAAAAUCUAAAUUGACGAUAUAAAAAUUCCAAAACUUUUGAAUAACAAAUCACCCUUAAAAUUAAUCAUCA